CUCUGCAGAAUUGGUCCUUCAUAAACACAUCGAAUCAUUCGCGCCCUACACAGUGCUUUCUAUGCUGAGAAUCUCUGGACCUCAUCUGCUGACUGUAUAUUUUGGUUUUGGCCGUCAACAUAGAAACCACUCUUCCCAGGUCCCUCAGCCACUCGAGCACAGCACCCCGUAUGUUGCUGGACCACCGGUGACACUGAGAAAAUCAGCUUUUCUUGAUGCACGGAUACUCAGUUCCAUUCACUCAGCUGCAGGACCUCUGUAUAACCGAGUCACUCACUCAGGGAAAUACUCAACUGACCCUCCCUGCUGAAUCUCUCAACACCUCCUUUGAACAAUGAGCUGCUCAACAGCUGGGUUGCUCAACUACUGAGGCACACACUUCCUCAAUUACUGAUCUGCUCACUCAUUGAGCAACUCAACAACUCAGGUACACUCACUUGGCCACUGAGUCACUCAACAGCUGAUACAUGCUCACUCAAGCACUAAACUUUUCGACAAAUGAGCAACUCAGUCAUUGAGGCCCCUCAGUAACUACAAUACACCCAUUUGAUCACAGAGCCACUCAGUAGCUGGGUCACUCAACAAGUGAGGCACGUUCACUCAGUGACUGAGGCACAUUCGCUCAACGACUGAGGCACGUUCACCCAAUCACUUAGUGUCUUGGUUACUGACUCACCCAAAAGCUAAGAUAUGCACCCUCGACCCCUGAGCAACUGAGCCACUGAAUCUCUCACCAACUGGAUUGUUCAACUACUGUAUUAACUCAGUGUCUAAGGCCCACUCGCUCAACCCCUGAGCUACUCAAAAACCAAGUGACUGAGUCACUGAGUCACUCAAACCCUCAACUACUCAACAGCUGAGUCACUCACCCAUUAACCCCUCCAGCCACUCAGAGACACUUGGCUAUGCCGUCCUCCAAACAUGAAGACCAUGCCUCGUAUAUUACUGGUACUUUUCACACUCAGUGUGGUCACGUUGAUGUUGAUUGCUCGUUGCGGGCUCAACAUUGACCAUUAUUUCCGGCAGCAGGCCGAGGAAGCUGCUGCCGCCGCCGCUGCCGCCGGGGGUGCGGAUGUGCUGCCAGCAAACCGGGCCCGCCGGGCGGGUGUCAACAACAAGUCCUCUGCAAACACGCUCUCUGCUGCUGUCGAACACGAGAAGCUCAUGGUGUUGACCAAGCGCUACAACCGAGAGACGACCAAGUUGCGGAAACAGAUUCGGUUCCUGGAAGCUGCCCUCAAGACGGCGUUCCUCAAGACGAAGAACCUGACUUUGCAAAUCUCUGCUGCUGAAAGCAACAACAAAAACAACAACAAUAAUGACGACGACGACGAUGAUGAUGAUAAUGGUGAAAUUAAGAAUAAAAACGAGCAAGGCGCCAACAGCAAAGAUGAAACCGAAGGCAAGAAGAAUAUUCCAACUGAGAGCAAGGUCCAAACGCUCGACGUAAACAACAGUUUCAAUUACACUCGGUUUUUCUUGGAACAGAUAAGGGCAGCAGAGAUACUCCACGGAGUGCCACUCAAGUCCGAGUAUGAACUCAUUCCUUUUAAUCGUUUUUCAGCAACUCGAAUCUUCCUCGUAGAACCUGGACUUGGCAAGAGGGUCGUCGAGAAACCAAUUGGCUUCAAGAAGAAAGACCUCAGCGAAGUGAUUCAGUUCUCUGUUGACCAACUGAAUGAAAACCGUAAAGGGAUGGGCCAGUAUGGUGCCGAGAAUUUUGCCGAGGGCAUUUACCGUAUCGAUCCAACAAGCGGUUCCCACUAUGAGCUCUACUUCCACGACAUUGACCGACCUGGGAUGAAAAACUACUACUCAAAGCUCUCCGUGAUACGGCCUUUCGGCCCCAUUCAGUUGAUCACGAAAAACUGGGUGAAUACGAACAAAGAAUGGAUCAACCUAAUCCUUCCACUCUCCGGACGGACGGAGACCUUUCGCCUGUUCCUUGACCGUUUUGUGCGCACUUGCGUUCUGCAGGACAAACGAGUGUUUCUCACGGUUGUGUACUUUGGCAAGGAGGGACUCUCCACUGUCAAGGACAUGCUGUCAGGCAUGGCCCACUCUUACAAGUUUAAAUACAUCAAACUGAUCAGCCUGAAGGAGAAGUUCUCGCGUGGCCAAGGGCUGCAGGUUGGUGCCCUCAAUUGGCGCAACAGCAAUGUACUCAUGUUCUUCUGUGAUGUCGACAUUGUGUUCGGUGUGGAUUUCUUAGAGCGAUGUCGACUGAACGCAACCCCAGACAAACGGGUCUACUACCCAAUCGUGUUCAGCCUGUAUAACCCCAACGUUGUCUACUCGCUCCAUGACAUGCUCAUACCCCCAGAGAAGGACCAAUUGGUAAUAUCGAGGGACACGGGGUUCUGGAGGGACUUUGGUUACGGAAUGACGUGUCAGUACAAGUCGGACUUCCUCACCAUCCGUGGAUUCGACGAGCAGAUCACCGGCUGGGGCGGCGAGGAUGUGCUGCUCUACCAGAAGUACGUACGCAGUAAGUACCUGGUGAUAAGGGCAACGGAUCCAGGGAUAUUCCACCUGUACCAUGGGAAGACCUGCGACCCCAGCCUCACACCGAAGCAAUAUCGCAGCUGCAUCCAGUCGAAGGCCCUGAACGAGGCGUCACACGCACAGCUUGGACUCUUGGCAUUCAAGGACGAGAUAGACAUACACCAGGGCUACAAACGCUUGAGUAGUCGAUGAGGUGGGCGUGGGUGGGGAGCGGGGAGGGGGGUCGGUCGGGGACGGGGGGAGGGUUAGUGGGGGGUGGGUGUAUAUAUAUAAAUGUCAGCUGGAUUAGUGGAAAGGAUGCAAGGAUUUUCGAGUGCAUUUAUGCGUGCGUGUGUGUGUGUCUUCAUGGAAAAAGACUUUCGUGCGAGAAACAAUGAACAAAACAAAUUUACGAACUGUCUGCAUUGUAGUAUGCUCCCACUGGCAGCUAGACACCGUUGCUGUUGUGGGUUAGGCCGGUUAAUGUGCAAUAAAUACAUUUAGUGACAAACAAAA